CAGACCUCAUGCCAGCUAGUCCGUUGUUUCACUUCCCUCCGCUCCCUCUCUGGCCUCAACUACUUGACUGCACAUAUACCCCCAGAAAAACGAAAAUGCAGUCAACUUGGGAACCUUUAUGGCUCAGGAGUCUCGUUUCCUUCGAGACUUUGGCCGUUGAAAGUGGUGAAGUUUCUUUUCGCCCGGUAGCAAUAGCCCUUCAUAUUUGCCCUCACACAGGCCAAAACUCGGUUCUGGAAACCGAGGACUUGCCAUCAAUAUGCGUUUCAACAUUAUACUGACGAUGUUGGUCGGCGUAGCCAGUUGCUCAUCCGACGGCAGUGAAAAUCGACACCAACAUCGGCAUCCUCACGCAGCACCAGCGGCUCACCCUGCCAAAAGACAAGUCGCAGACAGUGCCCCAGGGGCUAGGAGUACGACACCACCACAAAGUGUAGUAGCCUCGCCCACCGGCAGCUCUCCAGUGACCCGGCCAGCCAACGAGAAGCCCAAGGCAACUAGCGUGGGCGUAUUGAUCACCGAGCUCGAGGGAGGUGUUGCACAGAUCAUCACGGCCCGCCCUGGCCCGCCCCCUGAUACCAAGGGUACCGUUAUCACCAAGCUGAAUACCACCGGCCACGCCACAAUAGCACCUCUGCUCACCAGGCCCAUUCCUCCGGUAAAGGAGAGAUUCGAGGUCGAUCUUCAAGCUCGAUCUGCAGCAGCAAUCGCAACCAGAAACCCGUCGCCGUCCAGACCGGCUGUCGCCAGGAUGGCUGCUCCAAACAUAUUCGCAGAGCCCAUCUCAACCAACCCGCCACAUGCAAAGUUUCUACGCCGCGAUGAUCAUCCAGUCGGACGGAGCAGCAUCACGUCGUUGGCGCCGUAUCCCACCAACAAGUUCUUUAGCAACAUGUAUCUGGGAGGCAUGAGGAGCCCGGCAUUUCUUCACCCUUACUCGAUCCAAUGGGCCAAGGGGGAGGGUGUCACGGGCAGCUGGGGGUUCGCCAUCUCCCACACAGAACCCAACCAAAGAGUUUUUGGGCCACCUGAUCCGAAGACCAAAGCUUCCAAGUACUUCAUCAAUCCGAUUGGAAUUCACUCUAUCGUUCUUUCUGCCCAGGAGCUGGGGCCUCAGACUCAGCUGGCAAUGACUGAACUUUGUGCCUUCAGCGCCAUGGCCGAGUUGCGAGCCACUCCCGGGAGCCAGCCCACCCUGAAGAUGCCUUUUGUCCAGGGCUCGGGGUUCAUUACGGGCAUCUAUAACGGCGCAAGUCCCAUUGUCAGCUCCGGUGUUUACUUCAGGCAGGUCUUGCGUGCCAAUCAGAACCCUCAGCCGGGCGUUGUCAAAUACAAGAUGUUCCUGGAGGACGGCAAGUCGUGGCUUCUGUACGCACGCCACACUUCAGGCAACCCCCUCAUUCUCGAUGUUGUCGACAGCAAGAACUUUAAGGCGAGAGAGCCGUUCUGGGGUACGAUUCAAAUCGCCAAAGAGCCAGGCAACGGCGAGGCCAUAUACGACCAGGCCUGCGGUGCGUAUGCCACUUCGAUGGAGCUCUCGGGGACGACCAGCGGCACCUCUGGGUCGUACACGUUCACUUUCAAGCGGGCGGGUCUUGCGAGCUCGAAGCUCCUCAUGUUUGCGCUGCCGCACCACGCCGAUGGCUUCUCGGAAGCAUCGCGCCAGGCGGUCACUGGCCUCCAGUUGCAGACGACGACCAAGGGCCUCGCGAGCGGAAUCUUGGCGGAUUCGUGGACGAUACGGGAGACUCUGACCCCGGGCGUCGGGUUCCUGCCCUGGGACCGUAGGAGGGGCGAGAUCUCCAAGCUCGGCAACUCUGCUAGGAUCGCAGUGCUCAGGAUCGCGCAGCAGGAGCUCGCGCAGAACAUGAUUGACCAGGCGAACUUGGAUUCGAUGUACUUCAGUGGCAAGGCUCUAGCCAAGUUCGCAUCGAUCAUCAUCGUCGCCAACGAUCUGCUUAAGAAUCCCGAGGUCGCUCAGACGGGGCUUAACCAGCUCAAGAGAGCAUUCGCCAUCUUUGCUGAGAACCGACAAAAGUUUCCGCUCGUCUACGACACUCGAUGGGGUGGUAUAGUGUCUAGCGCUUCUUCAUCUUCGCUGACCAUAACCCAUCCAGGCAACACAUACUACAAUGACCACCACUUCCAUUAUGGCUAUUUCGUCUACACGGCAGCUGUGAUUGCCCACAUUGACAAGGCCUGGGGUAAUGCCAACAAGGAAUUUGUCAACACGCUGGUCAGAGACUUUGCGAACCCUAGCGCCAAGGAUGGCUUCUUCACCAUGUAUCGCAACUUUGACUGGUACCACGGGCACAGUUGGGCUCACGGACUGUACGAUACUCUGGACGGGAAUAUGUGGGGACGCGCCAUCGGCGACGCAAACAUGGAGGCGCGGGGAGAGCUGCAGCUGGCGGCGCAGGCGCGGGCGUUCAAGUACUACUACCUAUACACGUCAGACAACAAGGUACAGCCGGCCGAGUUUGUGGGCAACAAGGUGGCGGGCAUCUUAUUCGAGAACAAGAUCGACCACACGACCUUCUUUGGCGCCAACAUCGAGUUUAUCCAGGGCAUCCACAUGAUACCCCUGAUGCCCUUCUCACCGCUUACGCGCAGCGACCAGUUUGUCCGUGAGGAGUGGGCUACCUACUUCGACAAUGGCCGCAUCAACGAGGUGCAAGGGGGCUGGAGGGGAAUACUGAUGGGCAACUAUGCACAGAUCAACCCGGCUAUGGCAUACAGCUUCUUUGGGUCGUCUAAGUUCGACCCAGGCUUCCUGGACGGCGGUGCUUCCAGGACCUGGUACAUGGCUUACUCUGCCGCAUUGCAUCCGGAGUAUCCCAGGAGUCCACUGGUUUAUCAUGAGUGGAGGUUGUCAUUUUCGGCGUUGUUGUUGGGCCGACCUGGUGAGGCCGGGUUUCGGAAUUAG